UUCCGGGGAAGACCGGCACGUGUGGGAGCGGCGCGGCGCGGCCCGGUCCGUCCCGUCCCGCCGCCAUGGCGGCCGUGAGGGUGGAGGAGGUGCUGGCGGCCGCCGAGGAGCAGGAGGCGGAGAAGCGUCGCAGCGUCACGGUGGAGAAGGAGCUGGAGCUGGAGUUCGACUUGGGCAACCUGCUGGCGCUGGACCGCAACCCGCCGGCGGCGGCGGGGCUGCGCGGGGCCGCCCCGGGGCGGGAGGCCAAGCUGCGGGCGCUGGCCCGCGACAACACGCAGCUGCUGGUGGCCCAGCUCUGGGAGCUGCCGGCCGAGCGCGCCGGCGGGGCUGGGGGGCCGCUGGUGGCCCGGUUGCCCGAGCCGGCUUUCCGCUUGCCGCGGGAGAAGCCGCCGCCGCGACCGCGGCCGCCGACCCGUUGGGAGCAGUUCGCCCGGCUGAAGGGCAUCCGCCGGCGCAAGCGGACCUCGCUGGUGUGGGACGAGGAGGCCAAGGAGUGGCGGCGGCGCUGGGGCUACCGGCGGGCGGGCGGCGACCCGGCCCGCGCCUGGCUGGCGGAGGUGCCAGAGGGUGCCGACCCGGAGGAGGACCAGUUCGCCCGUCUGCGGCGGGAGAAGCGGGAGCGGGUGGCGCGCAACGAGCUCAACCGCCUGCGCAACCUGGCCCGCGCCCACCGGGCCGGCACCGCCAUCCCCGCCGCGCCCCUCCACCCCACCGGCCACCAGAGCCGGGAGGAGUUAAGCCACGUCGCCCGUGUCGCCCGCGUCUCCACUGCCUCGCUCGGCCGCUUCCAGCCCCGGCUGUCCAAGGAGCCAUCGGAGCCGCCGUCCCGCAAUGCCGGCAAGAAGCGCCGCUUCGAGCCCCUGCUGGGCAACCUGGCGGCCGAGCGCAGCCGGCAGCUGGAGCUGCUGCGGGACAUGGGCAGCAAGAAGCCAGUCCUGGACAUCACCCGUGCUGUCAACAAGCAGCUGCGCCAGGAGGAAGCCGAGGCAGCCGCUGCCAAAGGCAAGAAGCAGUCGCAGCGGGGGAAGCGCGGCCGCCGGCAGCAGCGAACUGGCCGCAACAGCAAGAAGAGUGGAGCCCGGCGGCAGCAGCAGCAGCGGCCUGCAGGCAGCAGCACUGGUGGCGGCAAGAGAAAGAAGGCAUGAGGGACAGAGGGACUGCCUGCAGCAUGGGGUUGGGGAUACCCACUGAGGCAUGGGAAGGGACUGUUACUGCCAGCCUCCUGCCUGGUGCUCUAUUCCCACACCUAUUUGUCAAUAAAUAUGCUCCGGUCUUUCUAAAAUGUCCUGCGUUUGGCUCUUAGCUGGCAGUCAGAGAGGCACGUCUUCUCUGUCCAAGGGGUGCUGGUGAUGUAUCAAGGGCGUUGGGAGUCCCAGUUCCCCCCAGUUUCACAGGGACAGCCAGGUAAUACUGCUUCAUGGCUGGCCGUGGCUGCAGCGUUUCCAGGCAGGACUGAAGCUGAGCAAAGCUGUCCCUUGCUCUGGUAAUGGACUGGGGGUGGACUGCACUGGUGAACUGUGUUUUGAUCGAGUAACAGCCUGCUCAGGCACAGAUACAGUCAAAGGAUGUGGUGCUGCUCUCUGCUCUGGGCAAGUGGCCUGACGAUGGAGCUCUUGCUACAUAAAUCAGCUUCUGCCACUCAGCUCUGUGGUAUUCAGGCUCAGUUACAAAAGAAACACAAAAGCUUACUGUAAGGUUUAUUGCAGGGCCUAAGAAAUUGUACAGAUUUCCUAGAGAUUUCUGUUGAUUUAAAAAAAAAAUAAAAGCUGGUGACCAGCCAUUGAAUUCAACAGAAAAAUGUUUGUAUUGAGCAGCAGAUUAAAACCUAAAUUUCUCCCUGUAUUAACAGGGAGUUAACAGUAAUACAUCAUUUCAUAGAAAUAGUUUCACAGUGAUUUUCCUUACCAAGCAGUUUGAGAGCAGAUAUUGGAAAUGAUCUCAGACUUCUGCUUAUUACUCUUCUGAACUCUCUACUGCCUCCCGUACAGAACAAUUUGCCAUCCCAAUAUGUGGCUUAGCUACAGGAAGGAUGCUGUUCCCUGUGUCCAUUCCUGCUAAGAGGGGUAGUAAAACAAGUUCCAGGAAUCUCAAGUAAAUUAAGUUCUCAGACUUUCAAGCAGUAAACUUGUGAGUCAUUAACUUGUGAGUUGAAGAGGGUAGGUUUAGAUUUGAUAUCAGGAAGAAAUUUUUCACUAUGAGGGUGGUGAGCCACUGGAACAGGU